AAUGAAAAUGCUGUUUUCAUUAAUGCCCUGUGUUGGUGUAUCUGAGUGAUUUUAGCCUAAUCCAUUUGAACCGUGUAACCUCUUGUUUUUUGUGCUUUUUUUUUAGACAUAUAAAAUAUCUUUAUCUCAUUUCCUCACUGACAAUCAGUAUUAUACAAUGUUUUUUUCCAGUGAUCCUUUGAUUCAUUGUCAGAUUGAUGCACCCUUCCUCCACUCCAUUCACCUUUUUUUUUUUUUUAACUCAAGACAAAGGAUCAUGAGUUUCUGUAAUUAUCUCAUCAGUAGUCCCUGCUCUACAUCACACCAUCCAGAUCCCAAUCAUCUCUCCCACUCCCAGCCCCACAGCCACCAGUGACUCAUUUGAGGGGAUUUUCCAUCCAACUUACAGCAUCAUCCUGUUUAAACAAAUACGUCUUCAGGGGUUGGAGCACCAGAGGGCUACUGAUGUGUCAUUGAUGGGAUCCCGCAGGCUUGACUAAUGUGUGAUAUCUUUUAAAACCUCAAUGGAGCUCAUCCAGGCCACCCAGGUUUCCMUGGUGCCGCAGGAAGGAACCACUGCUGCCUGGAACAACAACUCAGUCCUUCUCUACUACCGCCCGUUGCUCUCCACUGUCCCCUACCCACCACUUCCCAGCAUCAGUCCAGCUGAGGAAUCUUUAAUAUUUAACAGCAGUUGUUUAAACUCUACUAAAAGCACACCCACGUCCCUCCCUGGGUUGGCAGGAAUCUUCAUUCCUCUUAUUUAUGGCAUAGUGUGUAUAGUUGGCUUACUGGGAAACACUCUGGUCAUCCACGUCAUCGUAAACUACACCAAGAAUGAGUCGGUCACAAACAUCUACAUCCUCAAUCUUGCCAUCGCAGAUGAACUUUUUAUGCUAGGUUUGCCCUUUUUGGCUGUGCAAAACGCUCUCCUCUCUUGGCCCUUUGGCUCACUGAUGUGCCGUGUUGUGAUGACAGUGGACGCCUUCAACCAGUUCACCAGCAUCUUUUGUCUCACUGUGAUGUCAGUGGAUCGGUACUUGGCUGUCGUCCACCCCAUCCGGGCCUCCUGGUGGCGACGCCCCCAUGUAGCAAAGGCCAUCAGUGCAACAGUUUGGCUGGUCUCCUUUGUGGUGGUGCUGCCAGUGGUGGUCUUCGCCGAUGUUCUGAAGGAUGAUGGGAACUGCAGCAUCGUGUGGCCUGAACCAGCCGAAGUGUGGAAAACAUCUUUUAUUGUGUACACAUGCACUGUUGGCUUCUUCUGUCCUUUGCUUGUCAUCUCUUUAUGCUACCUGCUGAUCAUCGUCAAGGUGAGGAAUGUUGGGAGGCGGACCCAGACCACAUCUUCCAGACGCAGGAGGUCGGAGCGAAAAAUCACACGAAUGGUGGUGGUGGUAGUAGCAGUGUUCGUUUUCUGUUGGCUACCGUUCUAUGCCCUCAACAUCCUAAACCUCCUCGUGGUCCUGCCCGGAGACUUCAGGGGGCUCUACUAUUUUGUUGUCGUGCUUUCAUAUGCAAAUAGCUGCGCCAACCCCAUAUUGUACGGUUUUCUGUCAGACAACUUCAAGAGAGGCUUCAAGAAGGCCUUGUGCCGCGCUUCACGCAAGGUGAAGAACAAUGAAAAGGCUGGCACCGAGGUACAGCGGCCGACGGAGGAGUGGGGCGGCAUCGUACUCCUAUCGCAGAAGAGAAUCACCAACACCCACGAGAAAUAUUGUGGUGAAAAUGAUGUACUGGAGGAAGUGGUUGGAGCAGAGGGGGGCUUGCAAAUGAGAGAAAGGAGCAGAUUGUCACAUAAAGGACAAAACUCCAAAGCAGAAGAUGAUGGUAAAUCUCCUGUUAUGCAGAAAGCUAAUCCUGAACCGACUCCAGGUGAUGAUGCUCUUGAGGUAGCUCAUUGUAAGGCCAAUAAAAGUCGUAACAGGAACUCACAAACUGAAGAAGCCACAGACAAAAACUCUGUGCUCGAUAUCAGCUACCUGUAAGAGUUGGUGACAGGGCCUGCCAUUUACAUUGUGCAAUUCUUUAAAGUUUAGAGACCGUUUUGAUGCAAAGGUUUUUAUACGUGAUGUAACUAACUUUGUGAUGUCAACCCAUCAAAAUCUCAGAUAGGACUUUUAUUUAAAUGUGUAGAACAUGUUGAAAGACCCUCAUUUUGGGGAAACUGGUUGAAGUAUUUCAGUUAUUGCUGCUGGCAUUUACUUUUUUCUCACAUUUUCAGUAUUAUGACCAGAAGUUCCCUUCAGACUGACAGAAGGUUAGACUUUUGACAAAGAGGCUCUCACCAGGCUGAUGAAACUCCUCACCUUUACAUGGGGAAGGCUUUAUUACAGCAUGUACUGCUGGUACUUUAAAGGUGAUUUUAACUUCUAAACAAGGAACAACUUGUGCUGAAAAGGCUUAUACACUGUAUGAAUCAUGUUCUCUGUGGUAGAUGGCAGAUAAUGAUUGACCUACUGUGAAAUGGAACAAAAAUGUCAAGUGUUCAGCUGCUACAUCCUUCAACAGUAAGUAUUCAAUGUACAGACCUGAGUGUUUUGUGGAACAGCAUGCAGAUUGAACUGAGCAUUAUUAAAUAUCAGGCAUAUAUUUUCACAAAAAUCAACUAUUUGCCAUAAUUUUCGAUGAAAGAUAUGGAGUAAGAGUAAAAGUGAGCCUCUAAUACGGUCCUUUAAAGUCUUUUUUCUUUCAGGUUGAAAUGUUUUAAAUGAUAUUACAGUAGCAUACCAUUAAUGUUAUGUUUAAAUAUCUGUAUGAUUGUGCUGAGAUAAAGGAACUUGAAUAAUUAAGUGUCGAUAAAUAAUGAAGCUUUUAAAGCUCAAUUGAUACAGAAAUGUUUACUUCAUUAUAGCCUGGAUCAGUUAAAUUAUUUCAAUGUUAUGGUCAAUAUAGUAGUAUCGUAUUUUGCGGUGAAAUGUGUAUUUUAUAAAUUAUUUAAAACUUAUAGAUCAAACCAAAAUUAACAUAUUUGUAUAAAAUAUGUAGUGGACAUUCUGUGUGAAUGGUGAUAAACAAGAUAAAGUGUUUUGUGUGUUGACAUUGCACUCAAUAAAUGGGAAUACCUUGUGA